AUGGGAAACGACAACGAGAAAGUGAGAUUCUUGAUUCAUCUAUUCAAUGGAAGAUGGUUCAUGGUGUUCGCUUCUUUCCUCAUCAUGGCUUGCGCUGGAGCCACAUAUCUCUUUGGUACUUACUCUAAAGACAUCAAGUCUACACUCGGUUACGACCAGACAACGUUAAACUUGUUGGGCUUCUUUAAAGAUCUCGGAGCAAAUGUCGGUGUCAUGUCCGGACUCAUAGCCGAAGUCACACCGACAUGGUUCGUCCUCACCAUCGGAUCAGCAAUGAACUUCGUCGGUUACUUCAUGAUCUGGCUCACCGUUACUGGCAAAGUCGCAAAACCAAAGGUUUGGCAAAUGUGUCUCUACAUUUGCAUCGGAGCUAACUCUCAGAAUUUCGCAAACACAGGAGCUUUGGUUACUUGUGUUAAAAACUUCCCUGAGAGCAGAGGAGUUAUGCUUGGUUUGCUCAAAGGUUACGUUGGUUUAAGCGGAGCGAUCAUGACGCAGCUUUACUUGGCGAUUUAUGGUAACGACUCAAAGUCUUUGAUCCUGUUGAUAGCAUGGUUACCUGCUGUGGUCUCGCUUGUGUUUGUGUAUUCGAUAAGAGAGAAGAAAGUUGUGAGGCAGAGGAAUGAGUUAAGCGUGUUUUACAACUUUCUUUACCUCUCUAUAUUCUUGGCUCUGUUCUUGAUGGCUAUGAACAUCGCUGAGAAGCAAGUUCACUUCACGAAAGCCGCUUACACGGCAAGCGCUACCAUCUGCUGUGUUCUGCUCUUUGUGCCUCUAACGGUUGCGGUUAAGCAAGAGAUCGAUGUGUGGAACAUGAAAAAGUUGCCUGUCAAAGAGCCUAGCGAGGUCAAGAUUGAGAAACCAAAGAAAGAAGUUGAUCUUGUUCAGGACAAAACCGCAAAGGCGGAUCAAGAAGAGAAAGAGUCGAAAUCUUGUUUCUUGACUGUGUUUUCUCCACCGUCAAGAGGAGAAGAUUACACAAUACUACAAGCAUUGUUCAGCAUCGACAUGAUCAUCCUUUUCGUCGCGACUUUCUGCGGUUUAGGAUCGAGUUUAACCGCCGUAGACAACCUAGGACAGAUCGGAGAGUCACUCGGCUAUCCGAACCACACGGUGAGCUCCUUUGUGUCUCUAGUCAGCAUAUGGAACUACUUCGGUCGAGUUUUCUCGGGUUUUGUCUCGGAAUACUUGCUUGCCAAGUAUAAGCUGCCAAGACCGCUCAUGAUGACACUAGUCCUCUUGUUAAGCUGCGCGGGUCACCUUCUCAUCGCGUUCCCAGUACCUGGCUCGGUGUACAUAGCCUCCAUUCUAAUGGGAUUCUCGUUCGGCGCGCAGCUUCCUUUGCUCUUUGCUAUCAUCUCCGAGCUAUUUGGACUCAAGUACUACUCUACAUUGUUCAACUGUGGUCAGCUCGCUAGCCCGCUCGGUUCUUACAUCUUGAACGUUCGUGUCACGGGAAUGCUCUACGAUAGAGAGGCCAUGAAGCAGUUAACAGCUCGUGGGCUAACGAGAAAAGAUGUUAAGGACUUGACUUGCUUAGGAAGUCAAUGUUAUAAGCUGCCGUUUGUGAUUUUGGCUGCUGUGACUUUCUUUGGUGCGGUUGUGGCUUUGGGAUUAGCGAUAAGGACGAGGGAGUUUUACAAAGGUGAUAUUUACAAGAAGUUUAGGGAGAGUUCUGAAUCGGAUUCUGAAUUGGUUGUUUCUGAUUCAAGAAAGUCUUGA